CAGCGAGCAGAGCUCUCGUAUACGAAUGCGUUCCACACUCACACACGUGAUGUUACCACUUGGCUAUUAUUGUUACAAAGUAGUUGCAUGUAGAAGUUCCUCGAGCUUUUGAGAACACAAACGGUCGUAUCAACAGAAAUAAUUAUUUUUGGAUUUACCGAAACCUCAAUCGCAGGCGAUAUAGUCCUCUGUGAAGCGUUCGCCGAGAGGACAAAUAUCCAGAAAUAAACACAAGCAAUCAUGACUGAAGCUGAAGUGAAUCCCAAGGCCUACCCCCUGGCCGACGCCACACUGUCCAAAACCAUCCUGGACCUCGUUCAGCAAGCCUCCAACUACAAACAGUUGAGGAAAGGGGCCAAUGAGGCCACCAAGACAUUGAACCGUGGUAUCUCCGAGUUCAUUGUGAUGGCUGCUGAUGCUGAGCCGCUGGAGAUCAUCCUCCACCUGCCACUGCUCUGCGAGGACAAGAAUGUCCCCUACGUGUUUGUGCGAUCCAAGCAGGCCCUGGGGCGCGCCUGUGGGGUCUCCCGCCCGGUCAUCGCCACCUCGGUCACCAUCAAGGAGGGUUCUCAGCUGAAGCCCCAGAUCCAGUCUACCCAGAUGGCCAUUGAGAGACUGCUGGUCUGAUCUGGUUACUUAUCUGCUCUGUUUGUAUUGGAUAGUCUGAGAGACGGAUUAUGUUUUGUCUUUGGAAGAGACAUUUUGUGUACAUGUAUCAAUUUCACUUUUGUCAGGGACAUUCAAAUAAAGUCAUUAAUUCUUUUGUGAUAAAACAAACAUGAGUUUCUUCCAUUGUCAGACCAGUGCAGUAUAACAGUGUAUGCAAGAGAAUGGUUGAGAACCUGAGAUGGAGGAUUUUAUGUUUUUAGGGGGUCCUCAAACUGUCUUGACAGCAUUUAAAUGUGCCCAUUGAAGUCCUGUUGAGCGUUUUAACGCAGCCUCAAAGCAGGAAUCAGUUUACAAUGAGACUAUCACUGACGUGAGAAUCCAAAAGAUAAAUGUAAACAGUCUGCACCCUUGUUGAGCAAAUGUUUUGGCCACCGUGGCUGAGCCACUCAUUAUACAGCACGGAGGUUUAAGAAUUGUUACGUUGCUUUGAAACAGCAUGGGAAGUCUUCCAAAUAGGACAGCGCAGAAGUGAUCCAGCCCGUUUUGUAGUAAGGUCCUGUUAAAAAUAACAUUCCUGUUCCAGCCGCAGUGUGCAUGCAAACACUUACUUGCUAUGUAAACUUUGUUCUAACGUUGGGAUGUUUGUUGGGUGGGUUAGAGACCCACUGGUAUUGAAGCCAUGUACCUACCUCCAGACAUAAUGGGUUCUGGAUCAUGAGACAAUAUGGAAGGCCAGAGGGAUCACAUUGGAUGUGUGUGGAGCAGGAGGAAAGAGUUCUACCCAGUCCGCCCAAGGUCCUGUUACACUGUCGGUUAGUGAAGGGGGGCAGAUGUCAGUCUCUGACAGGCCAGUGAACCAGUGGGUAAAGGCAGGUGAGACUCCUGACUGAAAACAGUACUAUGCCAUGACUUCAGAUAUCAAUGUGUGAAAAUAAAGCGCAACAUGUCAAGUGUUGAUUUCAUGAGCUGAACUAAAGGAUCCCAGAAAAUAGACAACCAUAAUGUCAAACCAAAAACAGGUUUUUAUAAAUAUUUGCUAAUUAAAAAAAAUUAAACAUUGAAA